AUGUCUACCACGGUUGAAAAGAUCAAGGCCAUCGAGGAUGAGAUGGCCAGAACCCAAAAGAACAAGGCCACCUCUUUCCACUUGGGUCAAUUGAAAGCUAAGCUGGCCAAGUUGAGACGUGAGCUGCUGACUAGUGCAUCAUCAAGCUCCGGUGGUGGUGGUGGUGUUGGUUUCGAUGUUGCCAGAACAGGUGUUGCUAGUGUUGGUUUUGUUGGGUUCCCUUCUGUUGGUAAAUCCACUUUACUUUCAAAGUUGACAGGUACUGAGUCUGAAGCUGCAGAAUAUGAGUUUACCACAUUGGUCACUGUUCCUGGUGUUAUUCGUUAUAAAGGUGCCAAAAUUCAAAUGCUGGAUCUACCGGGUAUCAUUGACGGUGCCAAGGAUGGUAGAGGUCGUGGUAAACAAGUUAUUGCCGUUGCAAGAACGUGUAACUUGCUUUUCAUUGUAUUAGAUGUCAACAAGCCAUUGCACCACAAGCAGAUCAUUGAAAAAGAAUUGGAAGGUGUCGGUAUUAGAUUGAAUAAAGAACCUCCUAAUAUUGUCAUCAAGAAGAAGGAGAAAGGUGGUAUAUCUAUAACAAAUACUGUUCCACUUACACAUUUGGGUAACGACGAAAUCAGAGCUGUGAUGAGUGAAUAUAGAAUCAAUAGUGCAGAAAUUGCUUUCAGAUGUGAUGCUACUGUCGACGACUUAAUUGAUGUCCUAGAAGCCCCAACUAGAAGAUACAUGCCAGCUAUUUAUGUGCUGAAUAAAAUUGAUGCACUAUCUUUAGAAGAAUUGGAAUUGCUAUAUAGAAUUCCUAACGCUGUUCCAAUCUCUUCAGGAAAGGAAUGGAAUUUAGACGAACUGCUUCAGGUCAUGUGGGAUAGAUUGAACCUGGUACGUAUAUACACUAAGCCAAAGGGUAGAAUACCUGAUUUUAAUGAUCCAGUUGUCUUGAGAUCAGAUCGUUGCUCUGUCAAGGAUUUCUGUAACCAAAUUCACAAGUCGCUGGUAGAUGAAUUUAGAAAUGCAUUGGUUUAUGGUAGCAGUGUCAAGCAUCAGCCUCAAUAUGUUGGUUUGAAUCACAUUUUGGAAGAUGAGGAUGUUGUUACAAUCUUGAAGAAAUAG